AUGGUUACUCCAUCAACAUGCUGCAAAAAGGCAGGAGACACCUGCGUCUGCGCCCAGCAGGCCACUUGCUCCUGCGGAAAACAACCAGCUCUCAGCUGCAACUGCGAGAAGGCACCAUCCGAGAAUGAUACUAGCGGCCCAAGAUGCUCAUGUCUCAAGCACAAAGCUGGAGAGUGUACAUGUUCACGUGCAGACGCUGAGAAUUCUAAAGUCACUGGUUCGACGUGUGCUUGUGGUGCUAAGCCUGCUGACGCGUGCAAUUGCGAGAAAUCUUCAGCGAGUAGCAGUAGUCUAGAGACGGAUUUCACCACUCAAUAG